UAGGAAUAAGUGUAUAUGCUAGUUUGAUAAAGCCUUGUUAGUUAUGGCACAAACUCUCAUAGCAAAGAGAAUUUUGUCCUAUAUAAAUGAGAUGCGAAUGAAUAAAAGGUUUUGUGAUGUUGAAUUCAUCACGCGUUGUGGGAAAGUAUUUGCUGCUCACAGUUGUGUGCUCACAUGUGUAUCGCCUUGUUUUGAAACCUGGAUAUUGAAUGGAAACUAUGACAAGGAAACAAGAGUUACUAAAGUCUUACUUCCGGAGUCGGUACAUGCAAGUACAUUUUCUGUGUUGCUUGACCUGAUAUAUACGUGCAAUGUGAAAGUGAGAAAAUUGAAUAAUUGCAACCAAAAUAGUUUGGAUGAACUGACUUUAAACGUGAAUGUAGAAUUGGAAGAAACAGCAAGUGAAUUGAGCCUUUCAUUUGAUGAAAAUGUUUUGAAAAAUAUAAAUAUGAGUUCUGAUAAAACAUCACAUGAAAGUAAAAACACAGAAAGCCGACAAAGGAAAAGCAUAAGAUUAAGUAAAAUUGAAAAUAGUGAUCCAAGUGAUGACUUAUUGCUGGAGAGUGUUGAGCCAGAUGAAGUAUCACUGGAGUUUGAUGUGGGAUCUUUACAUAAUGAAGUGACAGCGUCUGCUUCCAACGAGGUCCAAAAGUUACACAAUGAUGGUAAACAAAAUGUUACUGCUGGAAAAAAAGUUUCAUGUGAUAUCUGUUCAAGAUUGUUUACAAACAUCAAUGGGCUUGAGCGACACAAAAAGCGUGUUCAUCAUGGGAAAACGAGUCCGAUUCAAUGUAGUGAGUGUAAAAAAUUAUUUAAGAGCAAAACGAAACUUUCUAAACAUCAGUUGACUCCAUGCCUUGGUAAACAAAAAUCUCAGUGCUAUAUUUGCAAGAAGACCUUCGCAAGUAAAUACAUAAUGGGGCUUCACUUGAAAAUACACACAGGAGAUGAACUGUUCAAAUGUCACGUUUGCAACAAAAAAUUUCCCUACAAAAGUAGUCUUACAAAUCACCUAAUUUUACACAAUCAUCAAAAUUAUUUUCUCUGUUCUGUUUGUGGAAAAAGUUUUUCACAGAAAGUUCGUGCCAAGGAACAUGAAUCAAAACAUAUAGGAGUAAAAAGUAGUUUAUCUUGUUCUGAAUGUAACAGCAAGUUCACCCAAAAAAGUGCAUUAGCACGACAUGUGUCCAGCGUGCACAAUCAGCACCGACCAUAUGUCUGUGAAACAUGUGGCAGAUGUUUUGCAAGGAAGAAUAAACUUUUGGAACACACAAGAACACACACUGGUGAGAAGCCCUAUGUAUGUUCAUUGUGUGGCUCUUCAUAUAAAGCAAACCGAAGUCUUAAAAUACACAAGCAACGAAGGCAUGGAAUCAAAGAUUUAGUUGUAGAUCAAGAACUUUCACCAAAAACGGCAACUGUUACAAUACUCUCUUCUCCCCCAGGUGUCGUGAGGUCAGAGUUGACAUCAAUUGCUACUUUAGAUUUAAUGAGUCCACAAACAUUAGAUGUAAACAAACCUUGUCAGACCCUAAAAGACAACCCACAUUCACUACAAGGAGAGCUAAACAUUGGUUUGUAAUGUGUUGUAAACAAACCUUGUCUAACCAAACAAGACAUCCUACAUUCACUACAAGGAGAGCUUAAAUAAGAGGCCGUGGUGCCCAAACUUGUUGACCACUUUUUAUUAGUAACACCACUGGACAUACUGCAUGAAAGUAUCGAAAAUAAUUUUCUUUUCAUUAUGUUUAUUUUUUUUCGAAUUACAAAACCAUUCGCUGUA